AUGACUCAGCACGUCAUCCGUCUCCUGGCCUUUGUUGCCAUUCUUUACGCCUUUAUGGCACUGCUCGGAGUCGACCUGGGCACCCUUGAGAUGCAUGACGCAUCCGAGGAUGUCAAGUGGAUCGUGCUCGCCUGGCCCUUUGCUGCCUGUCUUGCCUUUGGCUUGAUGGAAGGCAUCUGGUUCUGUGGCUUGUGCGCUUUCCUCUUGUACCUCUGGAUGACUAUACCGGCUCUCAUCUGCGGUACCCUGUUCCUCGUCGCCUCGGUUGUCCUUCUGGUUGGUGGUGGAGUGGCCUCCGCCAAGUACGGUGGUGUGCGCUGGCUCUGUUUCUAUGCCUAUGUCGCGUUCUUAGGCUUGAUUGAUGCAAUCAAGUACGGUCCGCAGGGCAUGGAGCGCUUGGUCUGGGUUGUCCAGUGUCAACUGGGCAUUCACCUGGGCCUAGGCGCCCUGGGUCUGGUUCUCUAUGUCGUCGUUGGUGUUUGCUAUGCUUUCGCCUUCGGCUUGAUGACCAGUGUCCCGGGUCGGGCCGUGCAGCAGUUCCUUGGCACUCUGCUCAAGGUUCUGUACCAGUUCGGAAAAGCUACGGUCACUCUACUGUGGACUUGCCUCCUGGCCUUUGUCCUCUGCUGCCAUUUCAUCCUCUUCGCCUGGUCUCGGUUCCCUGAUUCGCUACCUUGGAACCAGCCAGUUGCUCGUCCGUCGACGUCUUCGGACAUUCAUGUCGACAAUGACAGCGAUGAUGAGGAUGACGAUGAUAGCCACCAGCCUCCCCCCACUGGCAUGUCACGUUCGCUGACUUUCACGGAUAAGCACCUCGACUACGCCAGCGACACCGAGGAUGACGACUGGGACAAGGACUUUGACUUCGACUCCACGGACGACACUACUACGGAUGAAUCUUCUGAUGACGACCAGGGCUAUCGCAAGAAUCGUCAGAUGAACUCGCUAGGUUGUUCGACCUACGGGCUCCCUGAUGACUUCUACGAUUACUCCGACGAUGACAGCAGCGCAGCGGAUCCCAGCUCGCCAAUGAAAUCGCCGGAGCCUAUCAUCAGUGACAUUGUUUCUGUUUGCCAUACUCCCGAGGGUGCCGAACUUCAGCUGGACACAGAUUCAGAUGAUUCCGCAAGUGAGAUGGACUGGACGCCGUGCCCAGUUCGUUUCAAGUCGCCAGAGCAACCGGCAUCCAUCAACACGGCCGCUUCCCCUCUUCCGACAGCCCACGCCGUCGACUCUACGGCAAUGGCUGAGGAUAGCGUUGUCGACAUGAUGGAUGUCGAUGAACCUUCUCGAGCCUCUCUCGACCUGGUGGUUUCUACGCCUGAUCGUCGGCCAUUGACCUCGCGGUUGGCUGACAUGGUCGCGCAGAACUUCACUGAGAUUGAGGAGGCCGCGCCAACCACCUUUGCGGAGUGGCGCAACAUGACCCAAAAGCGUGUUUACACGCAGGAGGGUUUCAUGGCUGCGUCCACGGUACCCGCUCCGUCGCCAGUGCUGGCAUUGCCGCCGGUCACUCCAGUGACCACAAUGCCAGCCACCACGGACGUGGCAAUGAGCUUGGAUCCGACCGAGUUCAUUGAUGUGCAGGAAGUUGAGAUGGCUCUUGAUGAGCCGGAUCGGGAACUUGCACUUGUGCCGGCCGCACAAGACAUUCCGCUCCCCAUGGAGACGGACUUGGAAUAUGCUGAGCUGAACGGUUCAGACGCAAUGGAGGUAGAGCCUGUGGCGGUUAAUCCCGUCACGAUUCAGCCUCUUCUUGCAGAACCCGAGGUGAUGCAGACCUCCGAGGAGAUGUCUUGCGAUGAUUGGGAUGGCUUCGAGGAGGAUUUUGAAGAAGCAUGGGAUGAGCAUUUUGCCGAGCAACAGCAAAAUGCCUCCUGCGACCAAUUCGUGUUUGCGGGCGCUGUACCCCAGCAGCGAGUGGCACCGGCUUCAAUGUCGUUCUUUGGAGCCAACGCCACGAACACGAAUGAAGUCCAAGUCGACUUCAGUUUUGGUCCACGGCAAACUUCCGCAGCUCCAGUGUCUUGGUUUGGAACCACUGACACUCGGUCUGCUACAACAGCUGUGGCCAAUACUGUUGUUGACUGGAAUUUCGGGUCGCAGCCCGCUGUAGGUCAGCGGAACGAAACCAUGGCUGAGGAAGGUCAGUCUGCUGCCACAGAUGUGGCCAAUUUCGAUUUCGAUUUUGGUUCACAUCAGCAAGCGGCUCCGCUGGCCUUCUUUGGCGGCGAUGUUACCGAGCGUGCUGCAAGUAACAUCGCCAAUGUCGACUUCGUUUUUGGCUCACAGCAGCCGGCAGCUCCUGUGGCUUUGUUUAGUGCAAACGCCACUGAGUCUGUUGACAACAACGCUGUGGCCAAUGUCGUCGACUCUGGUUUCCGACCGCAGCCUACAACGGCUCCCAUGGCUUUCUUCGGGCCAAACGCAACUCAGUCUGCUGCCGCUGAGUUGCCCAUUGUCGAUUUCGGAUUCGGUUCACAGCAGCCAGCAGCUCCCGUGACUUGGUUUGGAGCCAACGCCACUCAGCCUGCUGCCACCGCUGUGGCCAAUAUCGACUUUGGUUUCGGUGCUAUCGGCUCCGCUGAUGCAUCAUCGUCUGCCGUUGUCCCUGCAGGACUCGGUUCCGUAGUCUCUUGGGCACAGCCAGUGCCUACUACUGCUUUUGUCUUCGGAUCGGAGCAGCAGCAAGAGGUGAUGAUGGAUGAGGACUGUGGGGAUGCUGCUGAAGAGGAGUCAAUUCCUUCUGUCGAGGAUCCAAGCGAGGAGGAGGGUUCUUUUGAGCCCGGCUCCCUUGAGGAAUUCUUGUUGGGCAACGACUCUCUUUUCGGCGAUGACGAUGAUGAUGACGGCUCUGCUCCUGGUCCGGUCUCCGCUAUGGAAGAGGAUGACCAUGACUCUCUCGCCUCUCUGUUUGGUGACGGUGGCGACAGUGACUCUCUCCCCAAAGAGAGUUCCGCUCCCACUGCCGCUGACACUGUAAUGGAUGCCGCUCCCGAGGACAAUGGCGCAAGCUGUUCGACUGGGUUUGGUGACCAAAACGUGUCCAGAGAGGAUGAGGUCGACUACAGCAUGUCAGACGACGAGCAGAGUUCGCAACAGCAGAGCUCACAGCACCCGGCCCCCCUCGCGCCGCAGACGCCAUACGUUGGUCCCGGGCUUCAGGAGCCCACAAGACGCAGUCGGUACGCGCCCGAUGCCAUGGAUCGUGAGAAGCCAACUUCUCACGAGGCAUUGAGAACUGCCGGCUUCCUUGUAGAAAAGGGCACACCGUCGCCUACUCCUACUCGGACUACGGGGGCACGCCAGCUGCAGCGAUUGACACCUACUUCCAAGAAGGUGAAGAUCCUGCUAAAGAAGCCUUCAAAGCCUGAGUAA